UCAGAUCCGUCCGACACAGAGGUUUUUUUGACUGGAUGAGGUACACUCUCUUCUUCAUUCAGAAGGUGUUAUACAUUUAGAGCAGCUGAGUCCAUCAUCAGUUUGUUGCUGUUGAAGCUCAGAGGAAGAUCCAGCAGGGAUGGCCGACUCUCAGAACGAUGCUGCCCUGGCCAGAGGAAGCCUGGCCGGCAGUGAGGAGGCUCUCAUCACUCCAGUAGCACCAAGAGGCGGCUCCAACAGCCGGGCCUUGAAGAUCGCAGGCUUGACCACGCUGGCCUGCCUGCUUCUGGCCAGCCAGGUCUUCACAGCCUACAUGGUGUUCAGCCAGAAGCAGCAGAUCCAUUCCUUGCAGAAGAGCUCAGAGAAGAUGGGCAAACAGAUAACACGCUCAUCUCAGGUCGUGUCCCCUGUGAGGAUGGCCAUCUCCAUGAGCAGUCUGCCCCUGAUGAAAGACUUCUCAGAGGAGGACGCCAAACAGAUUCCCCUCUCUAAACUGCAGGACAUCGCUGUUGUCAGUGUGGAGAAGCAGCUAAUGGACCUCAUGAAGGACAUGAGUCUGCCCCAGUUCAAUGAGACGUUUGUGGCCAACCUGCAGAGCAUGAAGAAGAGGAUCAAUGAGAGCGAGUGGCAGAACUUUGAGUCCUGGAUGCGCUUUUGGCUGAUUUUCCAGAUGGCCCAGAAGAACCCAGUACCCCCCACCCCCCAGUCAGCCUCGGUGAUCAAGACCCAAUGCCAGAUGGAUGCAUUAUCUGAAACCCGCAAGAUUGGUAGCUACAAGCCCCAGUGUGACGAGCAGGGCCACUACAAGCCCAUGCAGUGCUGGCAUGCCACCGGCUUCUGCUGGUGUGUGGAUGAGGCUGGAAACCCCAUCCAGGGCACCGAAAUGCGCGGCCACCCAGAUUGUCGCAGAGGUGCAUUUAUUCCUCGCUACAGAGUUGCACCCAUGCCGAUGCAGCGGACCAUCAGCUUGGACGAUGAGUAAAGCAAAGGAAGCAAAGCACAGAACAUGGUGUUUCUUUUUCUGCAGGCGUGAAAUUGACGCUGAUCCAUAAACUGUAACAGUCAUGAUUUGUAUUUCUGCUGCUCUCACAUGUAAUCAUUUUUAUGUUAUCUUUAAGCUGCUCGAGCUCCAAUCAGAAGAAAAUUGUUACACGCAUGCCUUCAACAUCUUUUUGUUUUGGGUUAUUUUCAUUUAAAUAACUUUAGUAGAAUAAACUGUUUUGUUGUUUGUUGCCGAUGAGAGUUUAAAUGGUGGGUUUGCCCAAAUCCUGCUCUACCCCCAUCUAGAGUGGAGUUUAGAUUUCUGCACGGAUCCAACACGACCAAGAGAUCCAGGCGGUUUAGUGCCUCAGAAAACGGUCCGUGCUCGUUGCAGAAGUCCCUUGUAGCUCUGAUGAUCCACAGACCUCACAGGGAAUGACUUUAAUGGAGACGUGUUGGCUGUGCGGUCUGUGGGCCCUCAGGGUAAGGGGACUCUUUCUCUUCAACGAGGCACUGUUAAAUCACUUGGCUGUUUUAUGUUCAUUCUGUUGAUCGAACAUCUGAAUAAAGUCAAAGCUGCUUAGAUGCAACAAUCACUCA